GAUGUACAGUCCACGGAGCAACUUCGCUACGGAGAUCAUCGAUGACAUGCUGUUCGCUAUUGGAGGAUUCAACGGAGUGACAACGAUCUUCAACGUCGAGUGUUACGACAUCAACGCCGAUGAAUGGUACGAUGCCACAGACAUGAGUCUGUACAGGAGUGCCCUGAGCGCAUGCGUGGUCCGAGGACUCCCCAACAUCCAGGACUACAUCUACCAGCCGCCACAGCGUGAGAGCAACAGCGGGCAGUCCAGCUCCACGUCGCCACCCCUCCUCUCGUCUCCAAUACCACCAUCACCAUCCACCCCGGAGAGUCCGAAGCUUGAUGACAGAUUCUGUUCACUACAGCAGGUGACAAGGUCAGUGACCCUUAUUGACCCUUACUCAGGAACAUCUGAAGAACGAAACCACCUUUCAUGUCGCCAGCAGCAUUAGCAAAGAGCUCGCCAGAUGGCGCGAUUCUGGUACCACGAGAAGUGAUGGCUGAACAACUACAACCAUCGUGACUGGUCGCUUUUGCCAAAGCCACCUUGAAAUAUUACAUUUGUGAGCAGAUCGUUCUUCAGUUCUACGCCUGCAAAAAAGCAAAACAAACAAACCUAGAGCACUGUGUGUAUUUUCUGUAGUCGGCCUCAAAAACGAAUACUAACUAUAUGUCCAGCAAAAGAUGCGUCAGGAUCUUGGGAGUUUGCAGGAUGGUGGUUAAGGAUAUACAGGCAGGCAGACAAACACACUAAUAUAAAUUCACUCAUAAAAUGCAUGUGUCACGCACUCACGCACUCACGCACUCACGCAGCCACCCCACUUACCAAUGCAACACAAUGUCCACAACUCAUGCCGAACACGAACACAGAGGACAAAGAAAGACAAUAGCCUUUUAACUAUUAAAGAGUCGAGUCAUUCUAUUAAUGUGACUGAGAAUUAUUUGUUAACUAAUCAUUACACCUCAAUCCAAACGAAGUAAGAAAACACAUAGUACUGAUAGAGGGUGGCAGAGCCAAGUAGUUUGAAAUAAGCAUGAGUCACAAGGGAGCAUGGGAGUUAGGCCUAAACACAUCCCAAUGGUCCUGAACUUCAGGACGCCCAAAGCAGAAUCUAGAUUUACACGAAGUGCAUUUCCACAAAUAAAUUUGUCCGCUGCAAGUGCAGGUGCGACUGCGUGCGUGUGUGUGCAUGCUCUUUGUUGAUGGUAGUCUGCAUCUGAGUCGCUUCUUCCUUCGGUCGGUCUGUCUGUCGUCGUCUGCUGGACCUUAUUUCUGCCUCCAGCCCUCCAUCCUAUUCCUCAGUCUUUUUAUCUGUACUUUUUUCGUUCCUUCUGUGGAUAUGCUAAUGUGUCUCGUAAUAUUGCCUUUUACUUCACCCAUUCCCUCAUGUCUUUAGCGAUACUGUAUAACCACAAUCAACUCACUCACAAAUUGCUGUAAAUAUAUUUUUCAAACAACCUUCUUUACUACAGCGUAGUUCAAAGUCGUUUGUGUGGCUCUGAUCUGGGAAUGUGCAUUUAUAUGUUUGUGUUUUGUCCCCGCAAUAAAUUCUUCCUCCA